AUAUAUUGACUGUGUAUUUCCAUACAAAGAUAUGGCAAAACUUCUGAAAAAAUAUCACUGGUAGCUUUCUAACCAAAUAUAAGUAGAUAUGAUUUAAUUAAAUGUCCUUUUCCCACGGUGACGACCUAUCCACACAAGAACAUGCCUCUAGCAAAAGAUCUCCUUCAUCCCUCCCCAGAAGAGGAGAAGAAGAAACACAAGAAGAAACGCCUAGUGCAGAGCCCCAAUUCCUUCUUCAUGGAUGUGAAAUGCCCAGGAUGCUAUAAAAUCACCAUGGUCUUUAGCCAUGCACAAAUGGUAGUUUUGUGUGUUGGCUGCUCCACUGUCCUCUGCAAGCCUACAGGAGGAAAAGCAAGGCUUACAGAAGGAUGUUCCUUCAGGAGGAAGCAGCACUAAAAGCACUCUGAAUCAAGAUGAGUGGGAAACCAUCUCAAUAAACACAUUUUGGAUAAAAAUAAAAAAAAUUAAAAUUAAAAUUAA